AUGGGCAAUCUUUGUGGAAAAGAAGCAAAACCAGCAAACGAUACAACCAACAAGGUUCAACAAGCAACACCAGACAACAACAAUACAAAGGUUGAAGUUAAAAAUGAUGAAAAGAUUGCUCCCGAAGACAUUACACAAGGAAAUGUAGAAGAGUUUUAUUUCGUAAGCAAGGAAUUGGGUAGAGGUGCAUUCUCUGUCGUUCGUGAAGGUACCAAGAAGACAAACAAUGAAAAGGUUGCUUUGAAAUACAUUGAAAAGAAGUUUGUAAAGAAAAAACACAUUGAACAACUCCGUAGAGAAAUCGAUAUCAUGAAGAAGGUUAACCAUCCAAAUGUUUUGGCUCUCAAGGAAAUCUUUGAAAGUGAUACUCAUCUUACUCUUGUAAUGGAAUUGGUAACUGGAGGUGAAUUAUUCUACAAGAUUGUAGAAAGAGGUUCAUUUACUGAAAAGGAUGCUCGUAAUGUUGUUAGACAAGUUUGUGCUGGUGUUGAAUAUCUUCAUUCUCAAGGUAUUGCUCAUAGAGAUUUAAAGCCAGAGAAUUUAUUAUGUUCAGGAGAUGGAGAUGAAAUGACAAUCAAGAUUGCAGAUUUUGGUCUUAGUAAGAUAUUUGGAGGAGGAGAAGCCUUGGAAACAAGUUGUGGUACCCCAGAUUACGUUGCACCAGAAGUAUUGACUGGUGGCAGUUAUGAUAACGCCGUAGACAUGUGGUCGAUCGGUGUCAUUACAUAUAUUCUUUUGUGUGGUUUCCCACCCUUCUAUGCAUCCAGUCAAAACCUAUUGUUUGAAAAGAUCCUCACCGCCGACUAUGACUUCCCCGAGCCAGAAUGGACUCACGUCUCGGAAUCGGCCAAACAAUUUAUCAGAAACCUUAUCGUCAAGGACCCAGAGCAAAGAUACACUGCCAAACGUUGUCUCGAGGAUGCUUGGAUCACUGGUACUGAAGUCAACCAAUCUGAUCUCCACAGUCACUUUGCUGAAAAGAUGAAGAAAUAUAACGACCAAAGAAGAAACGCCCAAACCUCAAAUUAA